AUGGCCAAGGAAACAAAAACAAGGACACUCCAUGUCCAGCCCGAUAAAAUCCAAGACCACUCCAAUGACGGCGAGGAUGACGAUAAACAACAUGCUUCAUUCCAUCCGCGCCAUAUCACCCUUGAGACCUUCCAAAACCUGCUAUCCCACUACCCUUCGACGGUAGAGCGAGUGCACCGCGGCAAACUGAUGCUAAAGCUGCAGUCAAAGGCAGGAAAGGGAUCAAAGCGCAAGGGGCAGACGAAAACAGAGCUUGACCCGUCCCAAGAGAAGCACAUUCUCGAAGAGACAGACAAAUUCCUCCAGCUUGAUCGCUGGCGGUACGAAACUUUACCAAAGUUCAUCGCAGAGCGGUCGAGAGAGGGUGACCAGAAAGGAAGUGUACCGGAAGGAGCACAUUUGCUCAAGGAGGAGUUAAUUGACAUAAUGGAAUGGAAGACGAAACACGGCGUCUCCCGUCCUAUGCUUAUGGGAAUGGUGAAAAGCAACACAGUUGCUACGAUCACCAAGUCUACAUCUACGGCUUUCGCCGCCCUCCCAGAUGUGGAUCCUGUAGUUGCACCGAACGACGCAUUCCCCCAAACCAGUCUGGAUGCCCUUACUGCGCCUAUCCGUGGUGUCGGCCCGGCUACUGCAUCUUUAAUUUUAUCCAUCGCCACAGUCUUCGCCGAUGCUAAGAAACAAGUCCCAUUUUACAGUGACGAUGUGUACCUUUGGCUAUGUUUGUCAGACUUUCCAGAGGGUCCGAAUCCCGAGGCGCAGAAGCCUUCUAAACACAAGAAACCUAAUGGGGAGUUGAUUGCCAAAUACAAUGUGAAUGAGUAUCGAGAUCUGUGGAAUGCUUCACAGCAGCUGCGGGCGCGAUUGAACAAUAGCGUAAGAGAGAGGUCUGGGGAUGGACCUGUCUCUUUUAUUGAUAUUGAGAGGGCUGCUUAUGUGCUCCGCAAUAUCGCUGUCUCGGACUACUUUACCUCCCAAGAUCCUGAGGCUGGUUUGAAGACUGAGAAACUUAUGGACCCGGCGGAGAGUCAGAUAGCAAAGCAAACAAAAGAUGAGUCUGGGGAGCUAGGGACGAGACGGAGUAAGAGGAUAAAGCAUGAAGCUGCGUGA